UGCCUCCUCCCUCCGCGCCUAUCUCCUGUCGUGCACCCGCAGCAUCAGCAACACAAUAGAGUCGUGGGCUCUACCUCCACACGAGCGGCGAGGACGAGGAAUAGCGUCCAAAAAGAGCGAAGACGACAGGGCAAAUUCCAGCCGUUCAAACGACUCUUUGGGAAGAAAAAGAGGAGAGACCCCAAAGCCGGGUUUGAUGGAGCUGAACUUAAGUCCAGCUUUUCCACAGGAGAGGUGUGCAAUGGAGUAGUGUCCGAAGAUGAGGAGGCUAGUCAACAACUGAGGGAGGUGAACCCCAUAGGAGCUCGAGCGCUGUCACACGACAGCAUCUUUAUCCCAGAAGAAACUACCUCCAAACAGGAGGACGGGGACGGAGAGCACACGAUGUCCCAGGAAAAUGUCUCGGAUAAAGUCAGGAAUCUACAGAGGCAGAUUGCAUCAAGUAUAAAGUUUGGACAGAAGCCCCCCUCUAUGCGUAGAAGUGAAGGAGAUGAGGGCAGUACAGAUGAUGAGGAGAUUCCCAGGAGUCCCAUGAAGGUUCAAGUACAGGCUCAAUUCCAGGUCCUGGUCGACGCAGAACUGCCCAAACCAGAGUCAAUACCCACCCCAGCAGCUGCCCCACACAGUAGCCCUCCAGCGAAGUCUCCCAGAUCCAAACGAGUUCUUCCUCCCACCGGGACCAUUGAGUCCAUAAACCUGGACGCAGUUCCACAGAGCGGCCCUCGUCUGGACAACACAGCGGCAAAACAUAAACUGUCGGUCAAACCCAAAAACCAGAGAGUGUCCCGCAAGCACCGGCGUUUCACACAGGACCUACAGGAUGUGUCUAUCCCAGGUGUGCUGGAGGAGGACUCUGAGGCUCCCUGUUUCUCUGCUGCUAACGUCCAGCGCAGAGCAUCAGCCACAGAGCCACUCCAGCCCUCAGAGAGCCUAAGGAGGAGACAACAUGAGGAGGAAGUGUGGAAGAGGAGGGAGGAAGAGGAGAGGAGACGAGCGGAGGAAGAAAGGAAACAAGCCGAAGAGCAGAGGAUUAGAGAGUUAGAGGAGGAGAGGAGACGCAGGGAGGAGGAAAGGGUUCAUAGAGAGGCAGAGGAGCGGAGAGCAAGAGAGGAGCUGCUGCGGCAACAGAGAGAGGAAGAGGAGAGGAAACGAGCCGAGGAGGAAAGAAAGAAACGUGAAGAAGAGGAGCGGAGGAGGCGAGAGGAGGAGGAAGCGAGGAGGCAGCAGGAACUACUUGAGAAGCGACUGAGGGAGGAAGAGGAAGCAAGAAAAAGGAAGGAAGAAGAGGAGAGAAAGAGGAGAGAGGAGGAGGAAGCAAGGAAGAGGAAAGAGGAAGAGGAGAGAAGGAAACAACAGGAGGAGGAGAGAGUGAGGAAAGAGAGAGAGGAGGAGCUGAGGUGGAGGGAGAUGGAGGAGAGACAGAAGCCGUUUUCAUUCAAGGUGUCAUCUGGAGAGAAGCAAAUCCUGUUCCAAAAGGUAAAUUUGACUCCUGUCACACCUGGAUCUGCUCACCACCAGAUCAGCACUGUGGCAGAUCACAAAGAGAGCGCUAAAUCCGCCUCCUCUGAAGACUCUUCUAAUGCAUCCCCCUCGACGUACAUCCCGCACACUGCCAUCUUAGUGACUGGUGCUCAGCUCUGUGGCCCCGCGGUUAACCUCGACCAGAUCAAGGACACCGCAUGUAAAUCUCUACUGGGUUUGGAGGAGAAGAAGACGUCAGCAACUCCAACUAAAAACAAAACUUCGCCGGAUCGCAAAUCUGGCAAAACAAAAUCCCUUAGCGAAGCCUCCUUUUCCACUGAUCAACCUGGUUCGGAUGUCCUGGCUGAGUGGGCAAGCAUUCGAUCAAAGAUUUUCAAAGGGGUAGAAGAUGGAAGCUACCCUGAUCCAGAAAUGACAAAAUGCCAACCGCCUCCAGAGGAACAGCCUGCAUUUUCCCACACGCACCUCAGAAAAACCAUGUCCGCUAGCGCUAAGUUCUCAAUCACUCCAGCAAAAAAAAAAUUUGGAGAUUCAAAUAGGAACUCUGAGGUUUUUAGUCCAGAAGAUGUAAGUGAAAUGUCUUAUGAACUUCCAGUGUCUCCAGCACCCAAACCGAAAAGUAAAAGUGUCCGCAUUGUGGAGAGGGCAUCGGAUGAGUGCGUUUUUGCCAAAGACUUGCCAUCUUUCCUUGUACCUGGGGUUAAACCUGAAUCAGAAAUGUUAAAAACUAGGACGUAUAGUGAGAGUUAUGAAAGUAAAGACUUAGAAGAAGAAUUAAAUCCGGAUGGAGAGGAUGCGCCAUCUCCUUUUGGGAUCAAGCUGAGGCGGACUAACUACUCUUUGCGUUUUCAUAAUGAACAAUCCACAGAAAAGCGAAAGAAACGAUAUAGCGAUGGGGAUAGUUUUGAUGGCGUUCCUUCACCUCUUACGCCCAUAGAGCCAAUUUCAGACGUUUCCUCCGUUUUUUCGGAAAGAGUCAGCCCUAAGUCACCGCAAAAGGAAGGUGCAGUCAGCAAGUAUAUCCACUCACCUAGGGCAAAACAAGCAAAGUCUCCGAGCCCCACCCUGCACGCUGAAAGUGAGAAAGUCAUCUCUAAACCUCCAGUCUACCGCAGGCCAGCAACCUCCCCAAAACCAGCUGGGUCAGUACCAACGCCCCCACCCUCACCCCUGCCUAAAGUGCACCACGUGAUGCACAGUCCCAGAGACGUGGUUGUAGAGUCACCCAGUCAUGAACAGGUAGGAGGUAAAGGAGAGGAGACGCAGAGGAGCAGCCAAGGACACUCGCCAGGAGAGGAGGAGCCCAAGGAGAAAAAGUCCUUCUUCCCGUCUAUUAACAUCCCCUGGAGAGAGAAGAGCGACCGCAAAACAGAGCUUAUCCGAAAAGAGAAACCGUCCCUCCAGAGCAGGCACUCUCUGGACAGUGCGAAGGUGCAGGAGAAGGAAGGCGCCCCCCUGUGGAUCCACUUGGCACUGCAGAAACAGAAGGGUUUCAGGGAACAGCAGCAGAACCGUGAGGACCGCCGCAGCCAACGAGAGGCCAAGCUGGCUGAGAAACAGGCCAAGGACAGGGACAGUCUCACAUUACCGAGCCCCACAGACAGCAGAGGAAGUGGGAGCACAAGUCCGAGCUCAAAGCCUCAGACCCCUGAAGAGCCCAAGAGACCGGACUCUCUCCUGGGACGAUUUGAGCGGCGCGAACAACUUAAAAAGGCCAACACCCUCCCCAGCUCUGUGACAGUUGAGAUUGCAGACUCUACACCGUCGCCUCCUGCUGUUAAGGACGUGUCCAAGCGAUUCCCCUCUAGCGACUCAGCGCAGGUGUCCACCGAGCCAGCCUGGCUGGCUCUGGCCAAGAGGAAGGCCAAAGCCUGGAGCGACUGUCCACAGAUAAUCAAAUAGAAACACACUUCUCUGAUGUGGCUGAAAAUUACUUUGGCUUCACCAUCCAUAACCUAUACAGACCUGAGGAAAAUAAGAGACCAAUAGGUGCAAUAUAAAAACUACUUAAGUAUAAAAAAAUAAACACAUAUUUUUCUUUGCCACCAGUGGGUAGGCUGGCCAAAUGUACUCUAUAGAGUAUUGUUACAUCAAAAUAAUAUUACAGUAAAGUAAAUAUUUGGCAUUUUGUCUUGUAUUUUAGCAUGUGAUAAGGCUGACAUGGACUAAAUGUACAUUCUGGGACAGUUUAUUUUUGGACUUAAGAACAACUUGGAGUCAAUAUUAGGUGUUGUACUUUGUAACCAGUGGGAUUGUGUCAAAGAAAGGGAGAAAAUAGCGGUCUCUUAUUUUUCCAUAAAGCUGUACUCCAUUUCCAAAUCUUCUGUACCAUAACCCUUUGUCCACACUGGAUGGUACCCUUAUCUUGCUAAAGUGCGCUUCACAUCACCUUACACUCUUAUGUAGUAUGUACUGCAGGCAUGCGCACACAUCACUUCAUGUACAAAAAAGAAAGAGAGAAAAUGUAUGCUAAAUCUGCCACAUUCAGGGGACUUUUCCAAGCAGCCAAUCCCAAACGUGGCUGGCCAAUGCAAUAGCCAACUUUUGUAUUUAGUAGCCAACUGCGUCAUCAUGGAUGUAAAUAGAUCACUUAACAUAAUAGGGACAAUUCUGUAUGAGAGGUUAAUACAUUACAGUGUUUAUGAAUGGUGUUUUAAGGGCUACAGUAAUAAUCUGAAAUGAGAAGUGUUAUUAGGCAUCUCUCCAGCUGCCCAAGCCGGUAUUAUUUAUGUAAAGCAAUGGAUUUGUCUGUGUUUUACCACUACUGUAUCUUCUGAGCCUUUUCUCUUUUUUACUUAAUGGAAAAUAACUGUGUCCGUGAUGACUGUGACAGUAACAAUACACAAAUCAGCCACAACAUUAUGCCCAAAGAAUCAGCACCAGUGAACUUCAGAAUUAUACAAAUUGGUAGAGUAGGUUGGUAUAUGGGGGUUCAACAGAUACACUUACAAAGCUUAAAACUACCAUAAAGGUCACUUUUUUUUUCUCAUGCGCAUGUCAUAAUGUUCUGGCUGAUUGGUGAUUUAUAAUGAGGUGGCCGCACCUGAACACAGCACUGAAGACCACAAGUGUUACCCGGGCAUUGACCGCAUUUCUCCUCACAGAUGAAUAUGGACAACUUCCUGCUUGCUGUAACAUAAUCCUUGUAACUACCCCAUUUCACACUUGUGUUUUGUAGAGCACCUCCUUCUGUAAAUGUAAUGAAACAUUUCCUGAAUGAAAAAAAACAACUCCCUACCUUUCCACUCAAAGACCUGUAUGUUUGUAACUAUGUUCUGUAACUUAAGUCAAAGGCACUACGAGCUUUGCGCAGAAGGAGGCGCAGCAGCUCAGUCACUCAUCAUUUUGUUUUUAACUUUAGUCGUGCACAAUAGUGUAGUGUACGCAGUGUUAAUGUAACAAAAUGUUUGGUAUAAUUUGCACUUUUUUGUCCCACUUAGAGAUAUAAACAAGCAAAUUCUUGAAGAAAGACAAAAUGAUAUGAAUAA